AUGUACACGGCCACGGAUAGCAGCAAUGAUAGGUAUGGUAUCGUCAUCGACGCCGGGUCAUCAGGGUCUCGUCUGCAUAUCUUCAAAUGGAAAGAUCCAAACUCAUACAAUCUACAAGACACUGACCUGCAACUUCUGCAGUCUGUCCCCAAGAUCGAGCAAAACCCGGAUUGGACAUUCAAGACAAGUCCAGGAUUAUCCUCUUUCGAAGAUAAGCCUGAAAAGGCCUUCAAGAAACAUAUCAAGCCCUUGCUAAAUGAAGCAUUAAAUGUGAUACCACCUAAAAAAUUAUCCUCUACACCAAUCUUCAUCCAGGCCACCGCAGGAAUGAGAUUAUUACCAAAGAAGAAGUCACAAAGGAUAUUGGAUCAAUUAUGUAAAGAUAUUAAGAAAUCUACCAAUUUUUUACUCUCCGAUUGUGAGAGUCAAAUAAAUAUCAUCGAUGGUGAAUUAGAGGGACUGUACGGUUGGUUAAGUUUAAAUUAUCUCUCCAAUAAUUUCAAAAAUUUUAGUCCAUCUUCAGCAACUCACCAAAGUCUCGGCUUUAUGGAUAUGGGUGGUGCAUCAGUGCAGAUUGCAUUUGCACCCAGUGAUAAGGAACAAGUGAAGAAGCACCAUGAUGACAUCGCUAAAGUAACCUUGAGGAGUCUAAAUGGUGACCUGCAAGAAUGGGACGUCUUCGUGAGUACAUGGUUGGGCUUCGGUGCCAAUCAGGCACGGAAAAGAUAUUUAGCACAAUUAGUUAAUGCAUUACCUGAAAACACAAACGAUUAUGAUGACGAUGAUUUCCAUACAAGAAAAUUGGUGGACCCCUGUAUGGCUAAAGGUUAUAAGAUGGAUUUCAAAUUUAAAGAUAAAAAAUUUACUUUUCAAGGGUCAGGAAAUUUUGAGCAAUGUAAUAAAUCAAUCUAUCCAUUGUUGUUGAAAAAUAUACCUUGUAAGGAUGAACCAUGUCUUUUCAACGGUGUUCAUGUUCCAGGUUUCAAUUUUGAUAAUGAUAAAUUUGUUGGGGUGUCAGAAUAUUGGUAUACCGCUAAUGACGUAUUUAAGUUAGGUGGACCAUAUGAUUUUGAAAAAUUUAACCUUAAUGUGGAAAGAUUUUGUAAUACUGAUUGGGAUACUUUAAAGAAAAAUAAUCAUGAUGGUAAAUACAACGAUAUAUCGGAUGAUUUCCUUGCCGCAUCAUGUUUUAAAGCUAACUGGGUCUUAAAUGUUCUCCAUGAAGGUUUCAACCUCCCUAAAGUAGAUACAAAUAUUAGUAAUACCGAGCUUGUUGAUACAGAACAAGAUCCUAUUUUUCAAAGUUUAUCCAAGAUUGAUGAAAAUGAGUUAUCAUGGACUCUAGGUAGAAUUCUUCUAUUUGCUGCAGGUAACAUCGCCGUAGGUGACCAUAACAAAGGAAAUGUAGGAGUGUCACCAAGUGAAAAUGAAGCAGAAACAUUGGGUAAAAAAUUCAUUUCGGGAGCACUCACUGCAUCUUCAUCAUCGUCUGCCAGUUUUAUUACUUACUUCUUCAGACUCAUUUUUAUUGCAGUGCUGGCAUUCUUAUUAAUUAACUGGUUAAAGAGCAAAGGUGGGAUGCCCCUUCAUCUUUCAAAUGUUUUAUCAAGAGGAAUUGGUCUAAUUAACUUCAUCAAAAUGAAAACCUCAAGAUGGUAUCUUCGAUUUAAUAAUAUAGAUCAAAAUCUCAACAAUGUCACAAGAUUGGAGGAAGGUUUGUUAUAUGAAGAUGGAAAUAAUAAUACGGACAAGAUGAGUAAUAAUCCUCAAAUGGGAAGAACCUCUCAAUUACGUAACGAAGAAUUACUGAAUUUUAGAAGCAAAAGUAUGACCAACUUAGGUUACGACAAGGAUAAGCAACGAAGCUCUAGUCAUGAUCCCGCUAGGAAUGAUCGUUUCCAUCCAGAGUCUGUACGCAACAGCCCGAAACCUCCAGAGCAUAGCAAAAUCACUAGAAGUGGAACAGAUAUACAAUUGAACUCCUCGUCAGCUCCUACAAGAGUAUCAUUCCCCAUGGCGGACUUCUCUAAGUAUAGAGACUGA